CAGAUCUCCGGAGCGCUCUAGCUGGGCUGGCCGCCGGGAGCCUCCCGCGCCGGGAAGCCGGCUUGGCCAGGGCGGCCCGGCAGAGGCCUGAAGGGGAAGAGGGGGGCGGGCGCUGACCUCGUGGAGCCGCCGCAGCCGCCCCUGGAGGAAGCCGAGUGGUGACCCGGCGAGGAUGGCGAUGGCGCUGCCGCCGAGCCCGCAGCCAAACUUUGCGAGAGGCACACAUGGACAAAGUUAGCUGCCGCGCCGGAAUAAAAGAGCGGGCGGGCUCCGGGAAGGGGGGCGAGGCAGACUCUCCGGCGGCGGGGAGCGCUCGAGCCGGCGGAUUAAAACCCAUUAAAGAUAUAUUUAUUGCCAAAGCGUCCCAGGAUCUCCGGGGCCAGAGCAGGAGAGCAAUCAGCUCCUUCCCCGCAGCGCCAAUCACAGCCUAACGGAGAGGGAGGAGCGGGGGGAGGGGGGGAGCCGUCCCCGGCGAAAACACACUGCUCACACUCACUCACACACUCACACUCACUCACAAGCACGGAGACACAAACUUUUGCAAGCGGAUCGUCUCUCGCUCCGGCCCCCCCUUCCCGCCCCCCGCGCGCCGGCCGGGAAAGACACUGCGCCCCGGACACUCGGUGCAUGGAGGCGGCUCCACCGAGGACGCAGAGCGCCCACAGCCCGGGAGCAGGCGCCGGCCUCGGUGCGCAAAGCCCGGACUGCUGCCCCCGCGGACGUCCGAGCGCCCCAUGGACAAGAGGAGCGAACUGGAGAAGGAGCCCCCGAUCUCCCGUAAGCAGCGGCUCAUGGCAGCCAUCGCGUCCGGCAACGAGAGCCUGGGGCCGGCGGCCCCAGGGGCCGGCGGCGGCGGCGGCGCCGAGAAGCCCCCCGGCAGCGGCAGCGGGGGCCAGGCGGCGGCUCCGCUCUCGUGUUUCAUCUGCGGCGGGGGGAUCGGCCGCGGCAAGGAGCUGAAACUGCAGGUAAAGCAGCCGGCGCCGGGGCGCGGAGAGGCGGCCGGCUCCGGGGCCGGAGCGGCCGGGCCCGGGGGCAGCCUGCAAGGCCAGCCCUUCUUCCCCUUCCUGCAGCAGCAGGAGCCGGCGCCCGGCGCUCGGGAAGUGUCCCCAGCGGACGGCUGCGUGCUGGUGUGCGCGGUUUGCCGCUGCUUCCUGGGCGAGCAGUGGGCAGCGUUCGAGCGCUCCAGGACCCCCGUGGAGAAGCGCAUGUACUGGCUCAAGCGGCCCUACCAGUGCGAGGCGGGCGGGGGCGCUCCGGGCCGCCGCGCCGCGGCCCCCCAGGAGUGGAACCUCUCCUACGCCCUGGAGCCGGGCGAAGAGGACGACGACGAGGACGACGACGAAGGGGAGGGGGCCGUAGGAGACGGCGGCGCGAGGAGGGGCGGCCGCCCCCCCCAGGAGGAGGCGCACGACUCGGACUUGUCUUCCCUCUCCGACACAGACCAUCUCUCGGAGCCUGAGCCCGCCCCAGGGCCGGCCCCCAGGGACCAGGGAAGCCCUGGCUACGGUCCGCCCCCACCGAAGGAAGCAGGCGGGGGUCCCCAGCUGCUCAAGCCGCCCCCGGCCCCUCCCCAGGGCGUCCUCCGCGGACCCGGGACAGGGGUGCUCGUGAGUCGGUUCAGAGAGUGGCCUCCCUCUGCAAUCCCCCCAACUCACUCUGGCUCAGAGAACCCCCUCCCCGGAGAAUCGAGUGUGGAGGGGCCAACGGGGCAGCCCGAUCCCGGGCGCAAAAUGGGCACCAGGAGGAAGAAAAAAGGAACACCCACGCACUGGGUCCCCGAAGAUAGCCCCAGUGUCCUGCGGGGCAUUCAGGGCAACUGGCUGGGACCCCCUUUCCAGUGCCCGCCGGGGGAUGGCCUGAAAAAUAACAUCGGCUUCUUGGCCACCAACCAGGGGAGGGCAUCCCAAACCCCGGGUCUCAAGCCGCGUCCUGAAAGUCACGGGGGCUGUGGUACCUCCGAGGAGGGCGAGAUCAACAUCACCAGCGAUGAGGAAGACCAGAAGAAGCAGACCUUCCCCAACCCCUGUAGUCGCUGGGAGAUUGCCCCCAAAAGUGGCGGUGGCCCGGCAGACAAGGAGAAUGGGAGCAGCAAUAAUCCCGGGCCCCGAGACCCCUGGGCUCCUACCCCAGAGCACACCUGCUGCUAUAUCUGUGGCAACCUCCUAAGCCUGGCCUCUCAGCACCAGAUUCACGUUCAGAAGCAGGAGAAGACGGCCCAGGCCCCUUUCUUUCCUUUCCUGUGGUUGCACAGCCCACCCCCCGGGGCCCUGCCCAUCAGCCCCGGGGGCAGCACCCUGGUGUGCUCCUGCUGUUUCUCCUCCCUCAUGCAACAGUGGCAAAGCUUUGAACUGGCCAACGUGCCAGUUCUGCAGAGGCUUUAUGUGGUGCCUCUGAAUCCAGGGAUGCCUUCCAAAGGGAGGAGGCCUCUGAAGGAAGAGGGAGCCCCUGCUGGGCCUCAGCAGGAGGCCUGCUACCUCUGUGGGGAGGACUGUGCCCAGGAUUCCCGGAUGGUGCCCACCAGGAUCAUCAACGGUAGUGCCAAGAACACCAUGCAUUUCCCUUUUGUGAAUCUCCUGCCUUGUCCACCCAAUGCCAAAGGACUUAACAGGCACUGGGAAGUCCGCAGCUGCCCCAAGUGUUAUGGGGUGCUGGAGGAUAUUUGGUCCAUGUACAGGGCCUGCCAGAAUGAGGAACUCAUAAACUCGGUGCAGAGUUUCCUGGGGAGAUACCAUCAGGUGUUUUCAGUCACUGAUUCUGGGGGGCUAGCGGUGCAUCCCUCAGUGAAGGGGGGCCCGUUGUCUGUGUGCUACAUCUGCGGGGCCGAGCUGGGGCCUGGGAAGGAGUUUCAGCUCAACGUGAACCCUCCGAGCCGCUUUGGGGAGAAGGAACCUUUCUUCCCAUUCCUUACGGUGUAUCCUCCAGCCCCCCGGGCCAGGCCCGCUGACUCCACAGGGCUGGUGGCCACCUGUGUGCUCUGCUACCACGACCUGCUAGGACAGUGGCUGCAGCACGAAGGCAGAAGCUCCCACCACCCCAUCAGCGCCUGGUCCCGGCAGUACAAAGUGGAGACCUUCGUGUGCUUCUUCUGCCAGCAGGAGAAGAAGCGAUGUCUUGGAUUAAAAGCAGUGCGUGUGGCCCGCCUGCCCAUGUUUCUCUACACCCUGAGAGCCGGGCACAGCUUGCUGGUGGAUGAUGGCAAGCAGCUGAUCAUCGGGGCUUGUGUGGAGUGUGGCACCGUGGUGUUUGCCGGCAAAGCCCUCAACCAUCCGGGAGUGCUGGUCAGGGCCUCCCCAGCAGCUGCACACAAGGCUUCUUCCUCUUCCCUUGAGAUAUCGACUGCUACAAAGCCCCCUGUCAAGGACGUGGAAGUACGCCCGGGGGACAGCCUGGACAGAGGCAGCAGGACGGUGCAGGAGGCCGUCUCCAGCUCCGACCAAUGCCAGCUGAGUGGACCGGAUCCCGAGAGUGCUGACGUUGGAGCCAUAACAGCUCCGGUGCUCACUUCACACUGUGCUGGAGAUCUUUCUGCUUCCGGCUCCCAAGGAGGUCAGUCCCAGGGUUGGCCUAGCUGGUACAGAGAGGGCAUGAGCCAUGAGCCAAAGUCCCCUUCAAUAGGAAUGCUUUCAACAGCGACUCGGACCACUGCUACCGUCAGCCCCUUGACCCCUUCUCCUCUCAAUGGCUCCCUUGUACCCAAUGGCAGCCCGGCAGCCACCAGCAACCUGUCAGUUCAAGCAGCGCCCUCUUCCAGCUUCGCCGCCGCUCUGCGCAAACUUGCAAAACAGGCAGAGGAGCCGAGAGGGUCUUCAAUAAGCAGUGAGUCUUCCCCAGUAUCUUCUCCGGCAACCAACCACAGCUCUCCUGCUAGCACGCCCAAGCGAGUGCCCAUGGGGCCCAUCAUUGUUCCUCCGGGAGGUCACAGCGUCCCCAGCACACCCCCAGUGGUCACCAUAGCACCAACGAAAACAGUCAAUGGUGUCUGGAGAAGUGAGAGCCGACAGCAAGAAGCAGGAUCUAGAAGCGGCAGCAGCAGAGACCGUCUUAUCGUGGAGCCCCCCCUGCCCCAGGAGAAGGCGGCGGGGCCCGCCAUCCCAUCCCACCUCCUGAGCUCUCCCUACCCCUUCAGCAUCCCCCCCAGCUCCGUUGUCCAGGACUCCCGCUUCCCACCACUGAACCUCCAGCGCCCUGUACAUCAUGUGGUCCCCCCCAGCACUGUCACCGAGGACUAUCUGCGGAGCUUCCGCCCUUAUCACACGACGGAAGAUCUCCGGAUGUCCUCCCUGCCACCCAUCAGCCUUGAUCCGGCCACUGCUGCUGCCUACUACCACCCCAGCUACCUGGCCCCUCAUCCCUUCCCACACCCAGCCUUCAGGGUAGAUGAUUCCUACUGCCUUUCAGCCCUGCGCUCCCCCUUCUACCCGAUCCCAACUCCUGGCUCGUUGCCUCCUUUACACCCAUCAGCUAUGCACCUCCAUCUCUCGGGGGUUAGGUACCCUGCGGAGCUGUCUCACUCAUCCCUCUCAGCACUGCAGACAGAGCGAAUGUCAAGUCUCACUGCAGAAAGGUUACAGAUGGAUGAAGAACUGAGACGGGAGAGGGAACGGGAACGAGAACGUGAAAGAGAACGGGAGAAGGAGCGAGAAAGGGAAGCUGAUCGGGAACGAGAGAAGGAGCGAGAAAGGGAACGAGAACGGGAAAAAGAACUGGAAAGAGAGCGGGAGAAGGAACGGGAGCGGGAAAGAGAAAAGGAACUGGAGAGACAACGUGAGCGAGCCCGAGAGAAGGAGCUGAUGGUCAAGACUAUAGAGAACCAGUUCCUGCCAGUAUCUGAGCUGCAUGGGCUACGGGUCCUUCCAGCAGAGGAUCGGGUGAAACCUUCAGAGCAACUAACACCAAACAGACCAGAGAAACUCAAGGAGCCUGCCUUGCAGACCCCAAAGGCUGUCCAGCACCCCCUGCACCCUGCUCCCGCUUCCCACCACCCAGUACCCAGCCUCAUCUCCAACCACAGCAUCUUCCCCCUGCCCGGGAGCAGUGCAGCCACAGCCCUGCUGAUCCAGCGCACGAAUGAGGAAGAGAAGUGGCUGGCUCGCCAACGGAGACUACGGCAGGAGAAGGAAGACCGGCAGUCCCAGGUGUCGGAGUUCCGACAGCAGGUCUUGGAGCAGCAUCUCGACAUCAGCCGCCCCCCAGCUCCAACAGAGCCGGAACACAGGCCUGAGAACCCCAGACCGGGACCAACUCGUCAUGAGCCAAGCAGCCGAGACCAGCCACAGCACUUUGGAGGGCCCCCGCCCCUCAUCUCUCCCAAACCUCAGCACCAUCCCAUGCCCACCUCCCUCUGGAAUCCAGUAACCUUGAUGGAAAACACCCUGGAACCACGAAGGGUACAAGAAAAUCAUUCUCUCCAUACCCACCCAGCUCCAUUUGAGCCCGGCCGACAAGCUAUCCCUUUGGUUAAAGUAGAAAGGGUUUUCUGCCCAGAGAAGCUGGAAGAGGGGAGUAGGAAGAGGGAGGCAAGCCUGGAUAAAUACCAGCCACUCAGGGAGCCUGGGCCAUUGGAACACAGUGGGUACUCUCACGGGCCCUUCUUGGCUGAACUGGAGAAGUCCACUCAGACCAUCCUCAACCAGCAGAGAGCAGCUCUCCCCCAGCCUGGACAGUUCCCUGAUGUGAGCCUGCCCCCAAAGCCCAGCUCUCCGUAUCGGCCCCAGCUCCCCAGGGGCCCCGACCCCAUGUACGUUUACGACGAGUUCUUACAACAGCAUCGGAAGCUGGUCAGCAAACUGGACCUGGAGGAACGUAGGCGGCGGGAAGCCCAGGAGAAAGGUUACUACUAUGACCUUGAUGACUCUUACGAUGAGAGUGAUGAAGAAGAAGUCCGGGCCCACCUCCGAUGUGUCGCCGAGCAGCCGCCCCUCAAGCUGGACACUUCCUCUGAGAAGCUAGAAUUCCUGCAGCUCUUUGGCCUGACCACCCGACAGCAGAAGGAGGAAUUACUGACACAGAAGAGGAGGAAGAGACGCCGGAUGCUAAGGGAGCGGAGUCCAUCUCCCCCGGCGGUUCAGAAUAAGCGGCAGACCCCUUCCCCCAGGCUCGCACUCUCCACUCGAUACAGUCCCGAUGAGAUGAACAACAGCCCCAACUUUGAGGAGAAGAGGAGGUUUCUGACCAUUUUCCACCUGACUCACAUCAGUGCUGAGAAGAGAAAAGACAAAGAGAAACUUGUUGAAAUGCUCCAUGCCAUGAAACAGAAGACAUUGUCGGGAGCAGUGACAGACUCAGUGAAAAACGCUUCGAGGGACAGUCCCAUUAUCUCCCUGAGCGAGCCAGCAGCGCAGCAAGUCCCUGCAGAUGCAGACAGACCCAUCGGUACUGCAGCCUCCUUAUCGGACACGCCGAAGCCAGCAGAACCUGGAAGACUUGAACAACCCAGACCCCAGGAGCUCCAGAGAGUUGGGGAUCCAGCCUCCGAGAAGGCCAGAAUGAGUGACACCCAUGGUGGGAAGAAGAGCUUGAGCAUGCUCCAUUAUGUCAGGGGUUCCUUGUCCAAGGACAUCCCCAUCCCCUUGUCUCACAGCAUGAAUGGGAAAAAUAAGCCCUGGGAAGCCUUCAUGGCAGAAGAGUUUGCGCAUCAGUUCCAUGAAUCUGUGCUGCAGUCUACCCAGAAAGCCUUGCAGAAGCAUAAAGGAAGUACAACCUUGCUCUCUGCUGAGCAGAACCAUAAAGUUGACACCUCCGUCCACUAUAACAUUCCUGAGUUACAGUCCUCCAAUCGGGUAUCGAUGGCUCAACACAAUGGGCAGCAGGAGACCUCAUCUGGGAGGAAGGGCCCCAUCUCCCAGGAGCUGGACAGAGACUCGGAAGAGGAAGACAAAGAGGAGGAAGAAGAGGAAGAGGAGGAAGAAGCCCCCAGACCCAAGUGGCAAGGGAUUGAGGCAAUUUUUGAAGCUUACCAGGAACAUAUAGAAGAACAAAACCUGGAACGGCACGUGUUGCAGACCCAGUGUAGACGGCUGGAAGCCCAGCACUAUAGCCUCAGUCUGACAGCUGAGCAGCUCUCACACAGCAUGGCGGAAUUAAGGAGCCAGAAACAGAAGAUUGUUUCAGAAAGGGAGCGACUUCAGGCAGAACUGGAUCACUUACGAAAGUGCCUUGCGUUGCCUGCAAUGCAGUGGUCUAGGGGUUACUUCAAGGGAUAUCCCAGGUGACGUUCCCUUGCACUAGGCCGAACAUAUAGUAUAGAAAUAUUAUCUAUUUUAUUACCUUGAAUAUUUAAUAUUUUUCACUGGGAGGUUUGAAGCUUAAAAAAAAAAAGAAAAAAAGAAAAAGAAAUUGAGAAUGUGCCAUGCAUGAAGCAAAGGAUUCUGGGAUCCAGGAAAAAAAAAAA